GGUUACGGUCGGGUCUACCUUUCUCUCACAGCUAUAAUACUACUACUGCUCUCGUCCCCACCCACCUUAGAGCUCAUUCAUGGCUUCUCAAUACUCUGUUUUUUCUCUUCCUUUGUUUCUUCACAUACCCACCACUCCCUUCCCUCCAAAGCUGAUUCUUCUUAGACACUCUUUCUCUUGGUUUGUUUUUUAGCUUUGUUUUGCUACGUUCGGUGGUACUGUUUUUUUUUUUUAUGGUUUCUCUGUUUGGGAGUGAUACUAGUGAAGGCAUGAAAGAGGGGGUAACUCUCAAGCUCACUCUCAUCAAUAUCAUUCUUGUGGAAGUGUUUCUGUUGGCUCUAUGUUGCCAUGAAUCUCGCUGCAGCGAGUUAAAUCAUAUUAAAGAUCUUGUUUUAGUGGAUAAAAAAAGGGAUGCUGUUCUUCCCGAGAUCUCUCCCAGUGGGUCUCCUCGGCCUUUUCUGCCUCUUCUUGCACCGUCACCAUUGGUACCCUUCACAAAUACCACUGUCCCAAAAUUAUCAGGUGUGUGCAUGUUGAACUUCACUGCUGCUGAAAGCUUGAUGAGUGUAACAGCAAUAGAUUGUUGGUCAGCAUUUGCACCCUUUCUGGCGAAUGUAAUUUGUUGUCCACAACUGGAAGCCACCCUUGCAAUUCUCAUUGGUCAAUCAAGCAAAGAAACCAAUGUGCUUGCUUUAAAUGGUACCCAUGCCGAACCUUGUCUCUCGGAUAUUGAGCAGAUUUUGGUAGGCCAGGGUGCAAAUGAUAGCCUCGCACAGAUAUGCUCAGUUCACGGUUCAAAUCUCACUCAAGCAUCAUGCCCGGUCAAAGAUGUUAAUGAGUUUGAGACCAUUGUUGAUACAUCUAAGCUUCUGGCAGCUUGUAAAGAGAUUGAUCCUGUAAAAGAAUGUUGUGCCCAAAUUUGUCAGGGCGCAAUAUUAGAAGCUGCUACGAGGGUUGCUUCGAAAUCUUCCGAGCUUAUGAGCAUGGAUGGGCCCCACAUCUUACCUCGGCAUUCUACUAGGGUAAAUGAUUGUAAAAGUAUUGUCCUCCGUUGGCUGGCUAGUAAACUUGAUCCUUCUCAUGCGAAGAAAGUUCUGAGAGGACUAUCGAACUGCAAUGUAAAUAAAGUUUGCCCCCUGGUUUUCCCUGACAUGAGGAAUGUAGCAACGGGCUGUGGGGAUGGGAUGAGUAACCAGACAACAUGCUGUAGGGCCAUGGAAAGCUACGUGUCCCACUUGCAAAAGCAGAUUUUUAUAACCAACUUGCAAGCUUUGGAUUGUGCUACAUCAUUGGGAACAAAGUUAAGAAAAUCAGGAAUUAACAAAGAUGUGUAUAGUCUUUGCCAUAUAAGCCUCAAGGAUUUCUCCCUCCAAGUUGGAAAUCAAGAGGCUGGAUGUCUUUUGCCAAGCAUGCCGUCUGAUGCAACUUUUGACACGUCUUCAGGAGUAAGCUUCCUUUGUGAUCUUAAUGACAACAUCCCAGCUCCCUGGCCCACAACAUCUAAAGUGCCAGCUUCAUCAUGCAAUAAAACUGUCAAAAUUCCUGCACUUCCAGCAGUGGCAUCUGCUCAAAGUGGAUUUCAUACAGAUAAUGUCAUGCAUUUUCUACUUUUUGCUUCCUCGAUGGUCCUCAUAAUGGUCGUGUGAUUUUAAGAAGCUUUUUCAUGCACAUUGCACGGAGUCAGUCCUUGGAAGAGCAAAGGAAAAAUAGAUGAAGGCCAACUGCAUACAAUCCUGGUUCCUGAAUAGAAAACUAUUUAUCUAUUGGGUAGAGAAUCUCUAUUUUAGAUACUAAUAGAAUUGUGUUUAUGAGCAUAUAAGUGAUUCUUGAUUCUUGCUUGCUGGUUUAAUAAGUUUUUGUAGAGGAAGUAGUCGGGAAACGGGGAAAGUGAUGUUAUAUUUCUCAAUACCGAGCUGAUUGCCUUAUAAAUUUAGGUUGUAUCUGUUGUAACAUGGCUAAUGUGACGAGAACAUCAACACCACUCGCCAAGUGUAAUGUUAUGCUUCGUUCUAAAUUUUGUCAUCUGAA